GCAGUCCCAGGCCGGUCCGCCUCUCCGGGAAGCCACGCCUCCUUCCGGCUCUCACUUAGGACCCCGCCCCGCGCCGGAGCUUGCGCGCUGCGGCGUCCCCUCCCUAGCAGGCAGAUGCCCCUGUGUCCCGGACGUCUGGGACAUGCUGCCUGGUGGCCUGUCCGCGGAGGACGAGCAGCGCUGCCGGCAGCUGCUAGCACGGACCACUGCCCAGCUACGCUCGCGGCCCGCAGCGGCUGCAGUGCUUGUGCCGCUGUGCCUCGUGCGCGGAGUCCCGGCGCUGCUCUACACGCUCCGCUCCAGUCGCCUGGUUGGGAGGCACAAAGGGGAAGUCAGUUUCCCAGGCGGGAAGUGUGAUCCCGACGACCAAGAUGUAAUACAUACGGCCCUUCGGGAGACUCAGGAGGAGGUGGGCCUAGAGGUGUCCAAGGAGCACGUGUGGGGUGUCCUGCAGCCAGUGUAUGACCGGGGAAAGGCAACUAUAGUCCCGGUGCUUGCCAACGUGGGCCCACUGGAUCUGCAGAGCCUUAGGCCCAACCCUGAGGAGGUGGAUGAAGUAUUUGAGCUGUCUCUGGCCCACUUGCUGCAGACACAGAACCAGGGGUAUACCCACUUCUGCCAGGGUGGCCACUUCAGCUACACACUGCCUGUCUUCUUGCAUGGACCACACCGUGUCUGGGGCCUCACGGCUAUCAUCACUGAGCUCACCCUGAAGCUACUGGCCCCUGACUUCUACAAGCCCUCCCUAGCUGUUCCUAAGCUGCCUAGGGGUUGAGGCCUGCCUGGCCUUUAAGUGCCUCUGCCAGCAUUUGGCCAGGCUACUCCAGAACUGAUUAAAAGAGUGUUUGACAACUU